AUGAAUACCAAAUCUGUUAGUGAAUUGGAGCUCACCGAAGCUGGAAGCCGAAAUGAGAAUGAGGUUACAAAUAAAUCUGAAGCAAAUAAAAAGAGUGAAGGGACAUCCGGACAUAGGCUGACCUAUUUGGAGAAAGUGAAAAACAUUUUCAAGUUCUUUACAGUGGAACCGUUUUUGCUUUGUUAUAUCAUGCCGAAUAUCAUAUCGUCAUUGGCCGUCCAGAAAUUGAACAUGGAGAAGGCGUGUCGUUCUGAUUUAAAUUUCACCGAGGAAAUUUGCGCUUUAGCCUUCAGCGGCGAUGCCCAGGAGGAUAACAUUACGACUGCAGCUUUAAAUGGUGCACAAAAACUGGUGGCCGACAUGACGGCGUGGAAGCAACCAUUGCAGAGUGGAAUUCCGGCCAUUGCAAUAUUAUUCGUCGGCGCCUGGAGCGAUAGGACUGGAAACAGGAAGGCUCUCAUGCUCGUUCCAAUCAUGGGCGAACUGAUAUCAGCGGUUGGUUUGCUCCUUACCACGUACUUCUUUCUCGAGUGGCCAUUAUGGGUGACGGCGUUAAUCGAAGCCCUACCAUCCGCUUUCACUGGUGGAUUGUCAAUUGCCUUAAUGGGGUCGUACAGCUACAUAGCGGAUGUGACUACUGUGGAAUCUCGGACAUUCCGAAUAGGUGUUGUGGCGGUCAUAGUGACUCUGGGAAUCCCUUUAGGUUCCUCUAUAAGUGGAGUGUUGACUGAGGCCGUCGGCUACUACGGCAUUUUCGGUAUAGGAACAUUGCUGUAUGUGUUCGCAUUUAUUCAAACCUAUUUUAGAGUUCAUGACGUGAAAAGAGUAGACAUUGAGGGAUCGUUUCUGGACAAACUAAUACAAUUUUUCCAUCCCAAACAUGCAUGGGAGACCAUUUCACUUCUUUUUCUUUCCAGUAAAAAACAGCUUAUUCAAAUCCUUCUUGUCAUUUGGGCACACAUUGUUAUCACUGGACCCGUUUAUGGUGAAGCCGGGGUGAUGUUUUUAUAUACUUUGAAGAAAUAUAACAUGACUGUGGUAGAAUUCAGCUUAUUUUCUACGUAUUCCAUUCUACUGGGCUUAGGAGGAACAACAAUAGCUGUUACGGUGUUUAGUAAAUGGCUUAAAAUACACGACGCAUUGAUAGGUGUAUUGGCUACAACUUGCAAAGUUACUGCGAGUUUCGUGUACUCGCUGGCACCUACAAAGUCAUGGUUCUAUAGUGGCCCAGCCUUUGAUUUAUUCGGAAAUUCAGGAACAACCGCCAUCAGGUCAUUGGGAACUAAAGUCGUCGAUCAAGAUAAAGUUGGUAAAAUGUGCUCAUUGAUUGGCUUUGUUGAGGCUAUCAUACCAGUGAUUUAUUCUCCACUCUACAGUAAAGUAUAUUCGCUGACCCUUGACACGUUCUCUGGUGCCUUUUAUCUGCUCGGAGGCUUUAUGACUAUGCCGGCAUUUUUCAUAUUCAUAUUCCUCUACUUUAUACAAAGACGGGAAGCACGUGAUCGAGUGCAAAACCCAGACGCAAAAGAAGAGCACGCCCAUGCUAAUCCGGUUUCAGUUCUU